AUGGCCAGGUGGACAGCCAACCCUCAGGGCUUUGCCUGGAUCGUGUUUGAUGAGGUGAAGGAGGGGACGGUCCUCUCGCCUGCUGAGGCCUGGAGGGCUAUGGAUGAUGCUUUCUGGGCAGCCUACAAUGCAGUGGGCCUCGGCAAUGAUGACGGGUACUGGGAGCUGCGGGAUGGAAUCAUUCUUUUCAUGUGGACCUUUGGGUUUGCGAGCGGGGCACGUGCUAACUUUGCAGCCCGCCAGAACGAGGUUAACUGCGGAAAGGCGUACCUAAACCCCGAAUUCGACCCGGAUGAUCGUCCGGAAGAUGACUUGCUGUUUGACUUUGGAAAGCUCUCAACCAAGGCAACGUUGGAAUCUGACUGGGAAUGCCUGAUCGGCAGGCAUCUCUUUUCCGAGAAGAGCGUCAACUUCGCCGCGUUCCGGGCAGCGGUAAUCCAGGAGAACAGGCACGCGGUCACGGCCAGGACUGUACUGCAGACGCAGCUGACGGGGCGGAGAGUCAGCAGGAGGCACACAACCAGCAAGAUGCUCGCCAACAGCCGCAAGAAGGCGCUCGCCUGGCAGGGCCUGGAGAUGGACCUGCAUUUAUCUCAAACACUGUGCAAGGAGGUCCAGCCGCCGUUGAUGCUCAUGCCCGACGAGGUUGGUCCGCCGCGGCCGACAAGCGAGCCACUGCCCUGGAGACCGGACGAGUUCGUGCGGGCAAUCUCCUUCUCGGACAACAUGGAAGAGAGGAAUGACGUGUGGCCGGGCAACCGGAGCGCGCGGGCGUGGCCGCGCCUGGAGGAGGACUACAAUCCGCAUGGCGAAGAAGACGUAAUCCGGAACGACUUCGCCAGCUCAGGCGACAGCUCAGGCGACAGCUCAGGCGACAGCUCAGACGCGGAGCCUGGCCAGGUGAUGUACGGCCAACCGAACUCGGACGGCGACUCGGAGGGCGACUCGGACGGCUCAUGGGACUCGGUGGCAGAAGAUAACAGCAACUUUGAGGACGAGUGA